GUUAUUACCCAGAAUUCCGAUAUAAAGCGAUGGCGAUGGAUAACUCAACGCCGAGUCGACAUGAGAAAAGUUUGGGAUUGCUCACAACAAAAUUUGUGUCAUUGUUGCAAGAAGCGAAAGAUGGUGUAUUAGAUCUGAAAGUUGCUGCAGAUCAACUAGCUGUUAGACAGAAACGAAGGAUUUAUGACAUAACUAAUGUAUUGGAAGGCAUUGGUCUCAUUGAAAAGAAAUCCAAAAACAGCAUCCAGUGGAAAGGUGCCAGUACAAAUUAUUCAGGGUCUGAAGAUGGUGUAACGCAGGGAAAUGGUAACAGCAGUGAAAUAUCUGACCGUCUUCUGACCCUGAAACAGGAGAUCGAGGACCUUGAGCAACAGGAAAAAAGAUUAGACCUUCACAAAUCCUGGGUCCAACAAAGCAUCAAGAACGUCACAGAUGAAGUCACAAACACACAGGCAGCAUAUGUAACACAUGAGGAUAUCUGUCGGAGUUUUCGAGGGGACACGCUAUUAGCAAUACAGGCCCCCUCUGGUACCCAGUUAGAGGUUCCCAUACCAGAAGUGGGUCCUGGUUUUAAAAAGAACUAUCAGAUGCAUCUUAAAAGUCACUCUGGCCCUAUACAUGUUCUGUUGGUGAACAAAGACACAGAGGAGACCAGUCCUGUGGUGGUGCAGGUGCCCCCUCCGAAAGAGGAGGAUGCGGAAAACCAGAAUGUGGAUCCAAACCAAGCACAAAAUAAAUCAAGGAGUACCAAACGUUCACUGCAGAAAUCUCCAUUACGUCCAUCACAACCAUCUUCAGAAGUAGAUUUUCCCACACGAAUGUCAACGAGGUCAUCUCCAAGGAAACAAGGCCAGUCUUCACAAUCAGUUCUUUCCACUGCUGAAACACAGGCCACACUCGACUCUCUCCCCAGUGACAUUCUGUUUGACCAUGAUGACCCACGACAUACCGGUCUGGAUAUACCCAGUGAAGGAGAUUUGAUAGAGGAAUUAAUGUCUUCUGAAGCCUUUGCACCUCUUCUGCGUUUAAGCCCUCCUCCAUCAGACAGAGACUAUUACUUCAAUCUGGAUGACACAGAGGGGGCCUGUGACUUGUUCGAUGUUCCCCUCCUUACCAACUACUGAAAUAACUACAGCAGGUGCCUUACUACCUCAGUGUGCCUUAACAGGACCAAUAAGUUACGGUUAGACUGCCUAAGGGGUACAGACUCCACUCGGUUUGUCGUGACUGAUUUUCAUAUUGAGAAAAUCGGGAGUGCAUUCAAUGAAAACCGCUGCAAACUUGUCAAGUUAUCAACAACUUUAGUGCUGUUCUAUUACAUUAGGUCAGUUUGAUGUGAGAUCUCUCUCAAAUGUAAAGAUCUCUCCUGGAUAAUGCCUAUUGUAUGCUGAAAACUAGAACUUGUUUAUAUAUACAUACAAAUUUAGUAACACAAAAAAUUGUAGGGUUACUAAUUUCCCAUCGAGCACCAUUAAAAAAGUGCUAUUGUAAUUAUUAUGAUGUUGUUCAAAUGGUAGUGCUAUUAUUUGAUAUGGUGGUUUUCUUAAUUAUAAAAGCCGUGAUGAUGCACAUUUGUUUGUUGAAAAAGUUGCCAGUGGGAAAAACAAUGUCCUGUAUUGAAAACAGGAUGAAUUUACAUCCAUUGAUCUCAUGUUCAACCUUUUCUCUGAAAUCAUUGUCAGAUGAACACCUCAUAUUGAUUCGUUUUCAUCUUUACUUUCCCACUAAGCACAACAAUUUAUCCAUCUACAGACAACACAUGUUCCUUGGAAAGACCUAGUUUGAUAUUUACACCAGUUGCUUUUUAAAGUAAAGUACCUUAAAAAACCAUUAAUUUUUCCAAUAAAUAUUGGUGACUUUUUGAAAGAUUGAGGUCUAGCAAAAUAUUUUUGGGUUAUCAAUUAGUUUAUGCACAGAAUUCCAUUGGGUUGUAUUUCUUGAUUUAGAGUGAUCUAAACUGUAAAAUUUUUCACAAGAUCAGAAAUAUUUGGUAUUUUUUCUAGCCGGUAAAAUUCUUUUCAAUGAAUUAAGACCUUAAUAUAUUGGUAUGAAAUGAUCAUGUUAUUAUUACAAGACCGUUAUUAUUUUAGUAUUGAGGAAUUGUUUUGGUAUUUAUAUGUAUACAGAAAUUGGUAGCCAUUUUUUUUAAGAUUGUGCAGGCAUGCUGUAGAUAUAAUGCAUGGUGUGCACAUGCUUCUCACAAGACAACAAAUAUCCAACAACGUGUUCCAUACCAGAAAUGUGUCAUGUUUAUGUUAAAGUAUACAGAAGGGGCAUAAAUUUGUGAAUGUUCUCAUUGUUAUGGUGUGUAUGAUCCCAUCACAACACGGUGUUCAACAGUUCUUUACAUGGUGUGUUAAUUAUCUGUAAAUAUUGUAGAGAAGAUCACCAUUUGUUACAUGUCAGAUUUUUGUUAUUUGUAUGUUCAUUAUUUUGUUAAUGUUGAAAAAUUUAGGAUCUUCAUAUUUUGUUCUUCAAGUUGUUUGAAAUGAAGACUGAAUAUCUUUGACAGAGUUGAAUACUUGCGAUAUCAAGCCAUUCUGCAUUGAGUAUGAUGUCAACAAAGGUUUUAUAGAACUACAUUACUAAUAAGAUAUGUAUUUUUUUUAUGUAGCAAUGUAUCACUUCCAUUGACGAAGUACCAGUGACUCCGUUAUCAGUAAAUGAUAAGUUUUUCACAAUUAUGUUACAAAUAGUUUCCAUGCUAGAUUUAUAAAUUUAUCAAAAAUUAUAUAUUUUACAUUUAGUGCAAACAUCUUUUUCUGAAAUUCACCAUUUUAAAGAAAUAAACUGUGAUAAGAAUGAU